AAGGGGGAAAAUAGAGAAGAAUCGCUGCGCCCGUCUUUCCUAGGCCUCGGCCUAGAGUGGCGAGUAAUCGAAAGGGGAGCGUAAGGAAAACGUUUGCAAGCGGAGGGACUUCUUUUUCUCUUGCGCAUGCGCAAUUGGAAAGGCGGAGGCAUCUGAGGAGAAAGCGUGCAAGAGUGACGUCACGGCGCGCGCGCGCGAGACUGAGAGGAUCCUUGCGCGAGGCAGGUAGAGCCGCCAUUUUGUGUCGCUCUGAGGGAAGGCGCGUCCGAGGCGGAUCCCUCCCAGUCGACUGGGCCCGGCGCCUGCCUCCCUCCUUCGCUUUGUCAGGCCCCGUCCUUGCUUCCCCUCUCUCCCUCUUUCUUUCCUUCCUUUCUUUCUUUCCCUCGCUCGCUCCCUCCCUUUCUCUCCCCGCUCCGGGCCCUUCUUGCCGGCCUUCCCUUUCUCCACGAGCCUCGGCCCCCGCCAACCGCAGCCAUUGCCGACCUCGCCAUGUCAGGCGGCGGCGUGAUCCGCGGCCCGGCCGGGAACAACGACUGCCGCAUCUACGUGGGCAACCUGCCGCCGGACAUCCGCACCAAGGACAUCGAGGACGUCUUCUAUAAGUACGGCGCCAUCCGGGACAUCGACCUCAAGAACCGCCGCGGGGGGCCGCCCUUCGCCUUCGUCGAGUUCGAGGACCCCAGGGAUGCAGAGGACGCUGUGUAUGGACGGGAUGGAUAUGAUUAUGAUGGAUACCGCCUCCGAGUGGAGUUCCCUCGCAGUGGCCGAGGCACAGGAAGGGGAGGAGGAGGUGGUGGAGGAGGUGGUGCUCCAAGGGGCAGAUAUGGGCCCCCAUCUAGACGUUCAGAAUACAGAGUAAUAGUGUCUGGACUGCCUCCCAGUGGAAGCUGGCAGGAUUUAAAGGAUCACAUGCGCGAAGCAGGUGAUGUAUGUUAUGCUGAUGUUUUCCGAGAUGGAACUGGUGUCGUGGAGUUUGUACGGAAGGAAGAUAUGACCUACGCAGUGCGAAAACUGGAUAACACUAAGUUUAGAUCUCAUGAGGGAGAAACUGCCUACAUCCGUGUUAAAGUUGAUGGCCCGAGAAGUCCAAGUUAUGGAAGAUCUCGUUCUCGCAGCCGUAGUCGUAGCAGAAGCCGUAGCCGAAGCAACAGCAGAAGUCGCAGUUAUUCCCCGAGACGAAGCAGAGGAUCUCCACGCUACUCUCCCCGUCACAGCAGAUCACGCUCUCACAUAUCUGAAGAGAUGGAUUAAGGAUGCUUUGGAUUAAAGGAUUGUGGAUCACAUGUCAAAUCAUUUUAGGAUUGUCAAAAGGAGGAUUGAGGAGGAUCAGAUCAUUAAUGGAGGCAAUGGUAUGACUCCAAGUGCUAUUGUCAACAGAUUAAAUUGGCAGUAUUGACCUUAUACUCUAAGAGACUAACUGGAUACACACAUCUGUCCUAGACCUGAUUUGAUUUAGUUAUAGUCUUUUUAAAAUCACCAUGAUAGCAAUUGUGGCUAAAAGUACCCAUGUGACUUUCAGUCCUGGGGGUGGGGAAAUAUGGCGUGAUUGCAGUGUAUCAGUUUACCUGUUAAGACACAGGUGGUUCCUUGCCUGUGUGUAUAAUCUCAAUACUGCUAAAAUCUGCAUGUCCUCUGUGUGACUGAUAUAGCAUUGCUGUUUCACCUUAAGAGUAACAGAAUGAGACCAAUGUUAAGAAGGGUGGGGUGGGGGAUGCCUUGGGGGAGUGUUUCUUAAGUCCACCCUCUUCCCCUUCAAGAUAAAUCAGAAUUGACUUGCUGAUAACUUCAGUUAGCUUUGUUACCUUCCUUACUAAGUACAAUGAGCUUUUAGUUUAGACAUGUCAUAGGCAGAUAGCUUUAGCAAUAAGUUUUGACCACUUUGUAAAAUGUUUUUGCCACCUUCAAAAUCUGCAACGUGUACCAUAUUUUGGCAUUAUGAAUCCCCCAGUGUAAAUACUAGAAUGUUUCCUUCAAAUGGUUUAACAUUGCUAAAAAUCUAAGCUUUGCAAUUCAAAAAGCUUGUCUUGGGGAACUGAUAGUUAUCGAUGCACGUCGUGAUGAAUAUUCCGCGGCAGACAUAACUCAUCAUUCCCCAGAAUCCUAUUUUCCAUUACGGUAUCUAACUUUCUGCCUCCUCUUUUUUGGUUUUGCUGGUUAUAAAGGUUUGGAUUGGAGAGGGCUCACUGGAUCCCAAUCCUUGGAGCUGGAUCAUUGGAUUCAAAUCAUAAUGUGGAUAGGAUAGGGAGGAUCAAUGGCAAGGAUUCAUGGAGCGGGAUCAGAUUACCAGGACAUAGGAGUGGAUUCCUGCCCCAACCAAACCGCACUCGUGUGGAUUUUUAUUCAACUCAAUUGGCUAUUCCAAAGCUUUUUUUCCUAUUUUUGUCGAUUGGAGCCCUUAAAGAUGCACGAUGGAGUUUUCAUUUUUUGAUAAAAGGAGCAAAGCAAGGACCUGGAGAGGUACGCUGGAGCAUUCUCCUUGGAAGGAUUCAGCACGAGUAGAUGGUAAAUGUUAAAGGGGAAAAGGGGGGUUUGUUUACAAACGUUAUACCAAUAA